AUGGGGAACACCACGAGCUGGUUGGCGCAAUCUUUUUGCCCAGAGGAACAGACAUUAUGGGUUGCAGCCAAGAAUGGUGAUCUUGAGACAUUGCGUGAAAGACUGGCACGUCUGACGCCCGAGACGCGCUUCUACGCCGAGUGGCAAGACCCCGUAUACGGCUAUUCACCGCUAUCGAAUGCCUGUCGGCAGGGUCAUUUGCAUUGUGUAGAGGCACUUGUUGCCUAUGGUGUGAAUUGCAACGUACGGGACUCGCAGGGAAACACGCCGUUGCAUAUCGCUACGUCCUGUGGGAAGAGUGAAGUGGUGCGACUGUUAUUAGAGUCGUCGGCCGUAGAUUAUUUUGCCAAGACGACGAUAAAAGGACAGACAGUACUGGAUAUUGCACGACAAAACUACAGGACGCUAGAGGGACGAGGAGUCGAGUCGAUUCAAUGUGUGGAACAUAUUGAAAAGAAACUUUGUCUCUAUUCGGGCUGGCUUUAUGAACGGUCUGACAAUUUCUUGUCGAUUGCGUCGGGUAUUUCAAGCUUGGAUUCGUGGAAAAAGAGGUAUGCACUGGUGUUGCGGACUGCUGCAAGUGAUGUUGUGGAGAUUGAUUUGUUCCCGAUGAAGCCUGGUGAACGACGCCCGCCAGUCCCGAGUGUGGAGCUUUUGUACAGAACGAGUGAUGGGAUCCAACAGAACGAUGAUGUUACUUGGCUUAAUCGAAAGGAUUAUCGACUCUCCUUAAAGGUGUCCAGGAAGCUAGGGUCCAAUCGUGCCUCUGCCGUCCAAUCAAUGGAUUUUGCUGCCACAAAUCAGGGAGAACUCGCUGCAUGGAAGACGUUCCUAACAACCUUGCGGGUCAAUGUGCCAGCGACAACCGCACGUGGAGGUAAUAGCUGUCAACGCGCACAAUCAUCUCAGCCUGGUGCAAGCUGCGCUCAAAGUAAUCAGGAUGCAGUACUGCAGGAGCAACGCGAUCUAGAAAGAGCUCUGCAGUUGUCACUUCAAGAAGCUCGGCAGCACUCCAGAACACAUGCGGCGCCAUCUGCCCCACCUCCUUCGAAUACAAUGCUGGAAACGCUGGGCUACUCUGAAACGGUUGUGGGUCCUGAUGGUGUGGAGAUUGUGCAACUUCUCCGAGACGAUGAUUCAGCAGUUGCUCAUGAUGCAUCAUCUCGACCUCCUGCUUCGACUAUACAAGCGAAGACGGGCAUCACCGGACUGACCGCGGAAGCUCAACGCUCGAAUGAGUGCGUCAUCUGCUUUGAUGGACCUCAGGAGGCGGUCUGCGUUCCGUGCGGCCACAAUGCUGUUUGCAUGGAUUGCGCGCAGGAGCUUCUUGAUACCACUGGGCUUUGCCCUGUAUGCCGACAGCAAGUGAGAGAAGCGAUUCGCCUGUAUCGUGUGUGA